AUGAAUAUAUCAUUAGUAUUAUUAGUCGCGUAUAUCGCUGUCUGUAAUGGACUGCCAUUUGCCGAUCAAUUGGCCGCCAAUGAUGUGGACAAUAGCCAUAAAUGGGUCGUAUUGUGCGCCGGGAGUAAUGGAUGGGAAAAUUAUGCCGAUCAGGCAUUAGUAUACCGGGCAUAUCAUACGUUCCGCUCGUAUGGCAUACCUGAGAGCAAUAUAAUUGUCAUGCAUUACGACGAUAUCGCACAUCACACCAAAAACCCUAAUCCAGGGGUUGUCAUAAACGAAAUUGGGGGUAAAAAUCUGUACCAUGAUAUUCCCAAAGAUUAUAUCGGCACCGAAGUUAACCCUACGAACUUUUUGGGAGCAAUUAGUGGUGACCCAGAGUUAGUGAAGAGAGGCAAGAAAGUGGUUAAAAGCGGGCCAAACGAUCACGUGUUUGUGUAUUUUGGCGAUCAUGGUGCACCUGGCUCUAUGUUCAAUAAAGUACUACCUGAUAACAUAAAUGUGUACGCGGUCACAUCAUCCCUGCCAGAUGAAACUAGCAACUUUUUUACGUACGAUGCCAAACUGAAAACAUAUAUAAGUACGGCUUAUGGCAUACCUGAUAGCAAUUUAAUUGUCAUGCAUUACGACGAUAUCGCUAACAACUCUGAAAACACUACGCCACGUAUUGUAGUCAACGAUAUCGGCGGUCCCGAUGUCUAUAAGGGUGUCACCAAAGACUAUACCGGCAAAGAUACCUUUUUGAAAGUACUUCAAGGUGAUGCUGAAUUAGCUGCUGCUGGCAAAAAAGUAGUCAAGAGUGGACCGAAUGAUCACGUGUUUGUCUAUUUUGGUGACCAUGGAUCAACAGAUCUGGUUGCUUUCCCCUCAUCCUACUUAUACGCUAAGGACUUAAACGCAGUUUUGGUCAAAUUGAACGAGGAGAAAAAGUUUGCCCAGCUCACAAUCUACUUGGACACAUGCGAUUCAGGCUCAAUGUUCCGAAACCAUUUGCCCGCCAAUGUUAAUGUGUACGCAUCCACAUCGUCCGAUUACGACGAGCUCAGUUGGUUUUACAUCUACGAUGAUAAAUAUAAAACUUAUAUAAGCUCAUUCUUUGCCGACAACUGGCUGGACAAUGAGGCGCAGUCAGACAUAAACACCGAGACAUUACAACAACAAUACCAAUACCUCAAAGACCACCACACCGUCCAAAACCCGCACUCAAACACCACACAUGAAAUACACGCCCAACAGUACGGAGAUCUGAACGUGGCCAAGACCAAGGUGGCCGAGUUUUUGGGUCUUAAACCUAAAAACGCCAAUAGAUUUGUGCCACACUUGGGCUCAAACACCGAUGAGGUCAACAAAUACGAUGUGUCCAUAGAUUUACUGCAGAGACGUAUUGCCAGCGCUCAGGAUAUCAAUGAGAAAAAUAGUUUUAUUGUCGAGUUGGAGGGCUUAUACGCCGGCAGACAAUAUGUCGACAAACAUAUCAAUAAUUACGUGAAUAGAGUUGAUCCAGAUGCUAUACUAAAGGGCAAACACCCGCUUCAUCACAGAAAGUGUUACCGAAAAUUUGUCAACACUUUUAAUGAAAAGUGCUUUAAUUUGAACAAGAAUCCAUACGCUCUGAAGAAAAUGCAACUUUUUGUGAAUAUUUGCGAAACACUGCGCGAUAGGAAUGACGCGGAUAUCGCACUCAACCAAUUGAUAUCUUACUUGUUAGUGAACGGGGUCCCAUUCAUCUCGCAAAAUGACCCUGGUUCAAUUGGCAAAAAUUGGGUGGUGUUAUGCGCCGGGUCAGGCGAAUGGAUUAACUAUUUUGUCCAGGCCGACAUAUACCACGCGUACCAAUUGGUUCGAUCGCAGGGUAUUCCCGAUGAAAACAUAAUUGUUAUGCACAUCGAUGAUAUAGCUCACAAUCCGGCCAACCCUACGCCUAACAUUAUUGUUAACCAUGGUAAUGGCACCGAUGUUUACCACGGAGUGCCCAAACACUAUACUAGUGAUGAUGUCACAAUAAAGAACUUUUUGGGCGUUCUACAAGGUGAUCAAGAAUUAGUCAAGCAGGGUAAAAAAGUGGUCAAUAGUGGGCUCAACGAUCGUAAAUUACAUUCUGGUGCAAACUAUGCGAUUGACUCAGAAUUGCCAGAAUUGGCUGAUUUGGCAGACAAUAGGAAUGUGGUCAUACAUUUAGCUCAAAUGAAUAUCGCAUUGUCUGAGGAUAUCAAUGAAAAACAACGCAAAGAUUCUAAGAAUAUUGUCGAAGUAUUUUUCCAAAUACCGUCAGAACCCGAUAUGGUGUACGAGAUAUCACUGAAAAUGCCAUUUGAAGAGUACGUGGUGUUUGUGGGAUCACUACUCGGCCUAUGCCACAAAUGGGUCGUAUUGUGCGCCGGGAGUAACGGAUGGGAGAAUUAUGCCGAUCAGGCACUAGUAUACCGGGCAUAUCAUUUGUUCCGCUCGUAUGGCAUACCGGAGAGCAAUAUAAUUGUCAUGCAUUACGACGAUAUCGCACACAAUAGCAAAAACCCUAACUCAGGAGUUGUCAUAAACGAAAUCGGGGGUAAAAAUCUGUACCAUGAUAUUUCCAAAGAUUAUGUCGGCACCGAUGUUAACCCUACGAACUUUUUGGGAGCAAUAAGUGGUGACAUAGAGUUAACCAAAAGAGGCAAGAAAGUAGUUAAAAGUGGACCAAACGAUCACGUAUUUGUGUAUUUUGGCGAUCAUCGUUCACCUGGCUCAUUCUUUGCCGACAACUGGCUGGACAAUGAGGCGCAGUCUGACAUAAACACCGAGACAUUACAACAACAAUACCAAUACCUCAAAGACCACCACACCGUCCAAAACCCGCACUCAAACACCACACAUGAAAUACACGCUCAACAGUACGGCUAUGUGACCAUUACCAAAACCAAGGUGGCCGAGUUAUUGGGUGAGCUUGAUUGA